CCUUUACCUCAAACAAAUACUAGUACUCAUAAAUCAUAAUCUUUGUAUCAUUCAACAAACAAAAAAACAAUGGAACAUUAUCAACCUAUAUCGGAGAGCCCGACGGUUGAUUAUAGCUCAACCGUCGAUACCUCCCGUCCUUUCACCUCGGUCAAAGAAGCCGUAGCCAUAUUCGGCGAACGUAUUCUUGUCGGAGAAAUAUACUCUCCAUCACCGUCUCUGACUCCAAAGCCAUUCUCAUUCUCAGACACUACUACUAAUACUACUACUACUGCUAUCGCUACCGCGUCUUAUUAUUCUCCUUCUGUAUCUAUUAAGCGAGAAUCAUCUUCGUGGAGAUCAAUGCCAUCGUCGCCAUCACCGAUUAGUCCUAUGAAAUCAUUAUCAUUCAAAGAAGAAGAAAAAAACAAUAACAAUAAUGAAACUCUUUUUGAUACAGUGAAGAAGCUGGAGGAAGAGCUAGAGAAAACAAAAAGAGAACUGAAGAUUUUAAAGGAAAGAGGAAGUGAGACAGAAGUAGCAUUGGCAACACUGAAUGCUGAGCUUCACAAGAACAUGUCAAAGUUGGCUCAAGCUGAAGCUGAAGCGGCUGGAAAAGCAGCUUCAAAGAGUGUGAGGUUUGAGAACAUUGUUGAGAGAGAGAAUGUUCAUAGGAAUAAGAGUUCACCACAAUCACAAACCCUGGCUCGUAUAAUAAGUCUUGGAGAAAAUGAUGAUAUUUUUGGAGGGAAAAGGAGGAAUGAUAAUAAUAAUAAUAAUAAUAAGAUUAGAAAGCAGAAGCCUAUAGUGCCACUUGUGGGGGAUUUGUUUUUGUUUUUCAAGAGAAAGAGUUCUUCUUCUACUAAUCAUCACCAUAAUAAUCCUCUUUAUGCUUCUCCUUUUUAAUUCAUUUAUAUGUUUCAUUUUUUUUUAAUUGAUUGAUUCAUGUGUGAUUGGGAUUUGUAUUGUUAAUUUCUGGAAUGU